AUGCUUUCCCUUCUACUCGGAAUCUUAACUCUCACCUCGCUCUCUCUCGCAUCUCCUCUAUCCAACCCUGAAAUCGUGAAGAAAGACCUCAACAAACGCUAUACGAACGUGAAUAUAGUUUCCGGGGUCGAUGGCAAGUUGCUCGCCGCAGCUCCUAAAACAGGUGAUGGAUCCAUAGUCACUUCGGUUUCACCCGGGACUUUUUGGGCCACUGUAUGGGAUAUCAAUCCCGGUGCUGGUCAAGUCACAUUAGCUGGUGGAGAUUUAGUUUUAGAUGCUGGAGAAGCAUUCAAUGGUGGUCAAUUGGUCGUAAAAUCACCUGAUGGAAGUUCGGGACAAAAUUGGUAUUUGACAGAUGAUAAUAGGAUAGCCAUAACUGGUGGGACUGCUUGUCUUGAUGAAGGUGAAAAUGGAGCUCAAACUUGGGAUUGUACAACUGGGAAUGAUAAUCAAGUUGGUCCGGUCAAUGUUCACAUCCCCGAGACCGGUAUGACUGUAGAGUAA